AUGGCAGAUCAACACCAAGAUCCCCAGCAAGUCUGGAAUGCUGGCCUCGACAACUUCGACUACCGGUCCAGCAAUCCCCACCCGGCCUCCUCAGCCCCAACCUCUGCUGCACCCGCGCCCGCGCCUGCAUCCGCAUCCGCAUCCGCGCCAGCUUCAGGAUCCCGACCUGGUCCACGAUCAGCAUCAGGAUCCCCCUCACAGUACUCUCUCACCAACAACGCCGCCGCCGUCGGUCCCAGCCCCGAUCCCGUCACCACCUCAGCCCCCGAUCCGGGCUUCUCCGACUUCGCUGCCUCAGCCGCUUGGACCGACUCCAGCCAGUUCACCCCUCCACUUGGUCCCAGCGACGGCGAGCCCUUCGAGGGCCUGAACCUGUUCCCGGACAACUGGAACGUUCCGACUGCCACCUUUCCAAACCAGUCCCUCCAGUACCGACCCAGGACGGACGGCCUCCCCAACUUCAGUAAUCCGCCGGCCCUACAGCUUCAGAACGGCGAACUCUUCACCGCCUUCAUGAAUAGCGCAGCCGCCAACUCUGGCGACUCCUCGUCUCCUCAGGGCCCCGUCGUAGCCGGCAUGUCUACCCUGACACCAGCUCAGGAGGAACAGCUUAGGAACAUCGCCAUGCCGCCUCACCUGCAAUACCAGUCCCCAAAGAGCGAGCCUAGCCAACUAAGCCCCCAAUCGAGCAAUGGCGACGGCCACAAGGCGGGCUCUCCCGACCCGUCAAAGCCAGGCAGCCGCAAGCGCAAGUCUUCCGCCGACUUUGACGACCUGGACGACGACGAUGACGACGAGAGCCAGCAGCCGGUCAAGAAGACCGCACACAAUAUGAUUGAGAAGCGGUACAGGACUAAUCUGAACGACAAGAUUGCGGCACUGCGCGACAGCGUUCCAAGCUUGCGAGUGCUGUCCAAGAGCGCGAGAGGAGAAGACACCACCGAGGACAGAGAGGAGUUGCACGGCCUGACACCCGCACACAAGCUGAAUAAAGCUACGGUGUUGAGCAAAGCGACAGAGUACAUACGCCAUCUCGAGAAGAGAAAUAAUCGCCUCAAUGACGAGAACAGCGCCAUGCAGCAGAGGAUCUCAGCCUUCGAAAAGCUGUUCAUGGCAAGCGCUAUGAACGGCACGAUGAGCCCGGUCCAGAAUCAGAACUCGCCCAUGCAGUUUGGCCAGGACGCUUCUCAGUUCAUGAACACGCCGGUGGGCACUCCGAGAGGCCUGGAUCCACAAGGAAUGAUUCCGGUGCCCGACGACAUGAAGCGCAUCAUCAGUCAGCAGUUAGCAUCUGGGCGACCAUACCCCGUCCCGCAGCAACAGUUCCAGCAGAACCCUGCCAUCAUGCGACAGCAACAGAUCCAGCAGCAACAACAGAUGCAGGCCAACCGUUGGCAGGGCGCGAGCCCUUACAUUGGAAAAUUCAUGGUCGGCUCGCUCGCAGGAUUGAUGAUACUCGAGGCCGCUCGCGAGAACGAGCAGAGCAACGAGUCACCCGAGGGCCGCGGGCUCUUCGCUAUUCCCCUGCAGCUCCUGGGUCCACUGGUGGGAAGCUCGCACGUCAGCAUCGCAGGGUACUCGUUCUCCCUAUACCAAACAAUAUCUACCAUCAAAUCUCUGCUCCUGCUCGGCGCCCUGCUCUGGGUCUUCGUUCCUUCUCUCUUCGCGCCUAGGCCGCCGAAGACGGAUAAGACGGCCCAGAUCAGCAAUGCGAAUCUAAAGAAGGUGCCAUCAUUGGCCUCGCCCAUUCAUGUCCGGAGGCAGGCCUGGCUCACGGCUGUCCAGACCGUCUGGGUGCCUCGGCACAAUUUCUUCCUCGAGGCUGCGGCUUUGAUCCUGAAGACGAUGAAGCUUAGCCUGCGCAACAUGAUGGGCAUACAGGGCUACCAGAUGUUGACCGGGCUGACAGAGGAACAAGAGACAGCCAGAGUCAAGGCCUGGACAAUAGCCUUGGACGCGCAAUUGGCCGGAGGAGAUGUUGAGAUAAACAAGAGCCGCCUGACUUUGACACUGCUUGCAGCCAAAACCCUGCCAGACACGCCUCUGCGACUGAUGCUAAAUGCUCUUCACAUGCGCGUCUUGCUCUGGCAGCUGGGCAAGCAAGGCCUCCACAAUGUUCUGGCUGCUAAGUUGGCCAGGUCCAGGUGGAAUGAAGCGAGACAGCUAUACAGGCUGAACAACUCACUUCGUCGGAACGAACCCGCCUCGUCAGAUGAUGAGCUUCCAGAGCACCUGGCUGUACUACUUGAGCAAGACUGUGACGAUGUUCUCAACGACGACAUUGUGCAGCGUGCAAACAACCUCGCGUGGAACCGCCCAACGAUGCACAACAUCGACUCCGACGUUGACGGUAUGAAUGCCGUUGUGGAGGAUCCAGCCGUCCGGUCCCCCAUGGAUGCUGUCGCAGCCUGGUGGUCGAGCCUCAUGCUGCAGCGACUCCUGUCAGCCAGCCUCGUAGAGGUCGAGGACAAGGCCGCACAGGUCACAGUCACGGGUGAUGACCUCAACCUGGCAGUCAAGGUAGCACCUAUCGGCUCGAACGCCCAGGUGCGCGCGCUUGUCGCCAAGGCCGUGCUCGUAGAGGAGAAGCGAGGGGCGCACAUUGCCACUACUCUAAAGGCCAUGGGCCCAAGCCUGAACCCCGACAAGCACCCCCGCUACAGUCAAGGAGUCCCACCCCUGAUCGACUCUCCCAUGUCAUUCAUCGUCCCAGAUCCCGACGUCCAGAUGGCCUUGCGCUGCAGCAUGGCCAUUGCACACCUGGAGCGUUACGAGACUCCGCCCCACAGCGCUCUCUCGAUCAUCGAUGGAAUUCUCCCUGGAUCGACCGAGGGCCUCUCGCUACUGGGCUGCACGGCGGCUUUCCACCUGGUGCAGCGUCUACACAAUCACGCGGUGGCUGCCGAGGCAUGCGCCACAUCUCUCGAGCGCAUGGCGGGAACACUGAGGAUAUGGAUCGGCAGUGAGGAAGGCGACAGACCAGGGCUGGACCGUAAACUCCGGCAGAAGCUGGUGGAGAGGUGUCUCAACGUGACCAAGAGCGUUGUCGGCAUGGCUGAGGAUCAAGGCUAUGCGACGAUGAGCGAGUGCGACAGCGAAGACAGCUUGUGCGAUUCAGUUGGUCUGUGA